GUUGAAGCGCAGCAGUUAAAAGUUAUUAUAAUAUUGGCGUCGUGAUGAAAGUGUUGACGGAGUGUACUAUAGGGAUUAUUUUAUUGACCUGCGUCUGCAGAGUGCAGGUUAGCAAAGGCGUGAGUUCUGCUUAAAAGCUAAAGUCCUUCAGUUGCGUAUAUUCGUCCAUUACAGUCCAGCGUGUUCUUCCAAUCUGGGGAGUGCAAGUUCAAUCCCAAGUUCUUCGAUAACUUCACCAUAAGCACCUUCAACAACACGGUCAAUCUGGAAAUGGUCACCAAGAGGAGCUUUGAUCGCGGCUUCAAUGUCCACGCCGACUUCUCCAUUAAAAUGGGAACAACGAAUCGUUACCAACGCGUGUUCGCCCACACCAUGGACGUGCAGUUACAAUGGCCUUGAAGAAGAACAUUUUUAAGGCCUGGUUCCAGAGCAUGUUGGCUCACGGCAACUUCAUAUACCACUGCCCAGUGCCCCCCGAUCAUUAUUAUCUGCGCAAUUGGAAGGUGGACCCCAAGCUGGUGCCCCAGUAUUUGAGUGCCGGCAGCUAUCGCGUCACCGGCCACUUUUUCUAUGGCAAACUCAAGUCCAAGUUCGAGGAAACUGUCUUAGACAUCAUUGUAUAUGCAUUAUUAAAGGCCAAGUAGCUAAAAAAAAAAAAAAAAAUAAGAGGCCUCUAGUUGAGGCUGGUCUGUUCCGAGACCCCCUAAUAUUUCAAUAAUUCUUCACCUUUUUUCUAAUUACAAGAGAAAAUAG